AUGCAGUCAUCUCAGCUACUGUCUUGUGUGCCCCACGGGUCAUCUCCAGAGGACUUUCUCAUGAAUGUUGGACCCAAGCUCCUCUCACUCUUAGAUGGAGACGAUAUGGACCUUAAAAAAACAGCGUCCUAUAUAAUAGGAAAUGGCAUCUUGGCAAAACGCCCUCUGGGCGCUCCGGGCACUAUCGGCUUCACUAUAUUUGUUAAAACUAUAUUUGACGCAUUUCAUGGAAACCUCCGACGCUCAUCUCAUUGGUGGUUACGCAAAUUUAACCGUGACGGGUUGCCAACUACCAUGGAAGCUAGUGCGAAUUCGAACAACUCUACUCUGGCCGAUGAACACCAGCUAUCUCUAUCACUCAACCGUCUAACGUCGUUGACCACGUUGCAUCCCAACCCCGCCCUCUUGAAACGGUUGAUUGGGCCCGUACUGCUUCCACUCUGGGGUUUGCAUUGGUACGCGAAGUCUCACAAAAUAAAUGAUUGGGCAGAGCAAACCUAUACACUCUUACAGAAUUUUUUCAGCGUCUCUUCCGAAAAGGCGAGAUUUGAAAAGCUGAUCAGCCACAUUAUGUGGGAUGGCGGAGAUACAUGGAGUUAUAAGCAUGACAUGGGCGGUGGGAUAUCUAUGGCAAAGCGUGACGAUACAAAGCCGGAGCAAGUUGAUAUUAUACAAAUGGUUGGAAACAUUGAUGGUCGUAUAGACUCACUCAUAGAGUUUCUAGGAUUCGACCCUCAGCGGGAAACGCUCAUUGGAGAAAUUUUUCUCUUCGUUAGCCGUAACUGGCUCAUUGGAGAACAUGAGAGUUCUGGCACCACAACAUUAGUGAUUUUUCCGGAUGAUAUUCAAGCAGAUCUAAAAAAGGUUAUAUAUGCUAAAAUCACCGAAAAAGUCAUCAACCAGUAUAAGGAUGUUAUAUGCCGUCAACCAGAGCAUACGUUGGAACUCGUCGAUCAGCUUGUUGAUAGUGAAUUACAACUUAAAGGAAUAAGGGACAGGAGGAUAGAUACCAGCAAGCCGACACUACAGUCGAUCGGCAGUAUUGUCGAGAAACGAAGCGAAAGUUCGGAAUCCAUUGGGACAAUACCAAACUCGACAGAAUCAUCCGAGUCGUUGGUCGCCGCACUUAGCCUGCUCUCCACAAUCCUAACAUCCCCCGAUUUUGAGCUCACGGAAGAGAUAAGCCCUUUACUUGAAAAAAUAAAAUCGAAAUUAGACCAUCUCCUUCUCUCAGCCCCCCCGACACUAAAACAGUCAGCAACAACGGCAUGUAUGCUGCUUGAAUUUACUAUUUCUGGGUCUUUACCACCACACACUAAACAUAUUCCCAAAACUUCGCAUAUCUCUGAUAUAGAGGCUCAUCGGCAUGCUCUCAACAACCUGAAUUCCCCUUUGCCCCCAGUUCAAGCCGAGGGUCUUUCAUUAUUAUCACAGCUAGUAAUGAAAUCAUCCCCGAUCCUCGAUAUCCCGGCAACCCUGACCACACUAUUAUCCUUAAUACUCAAAAAUAGCGCGAAUUCUAAUGAUGAGUUUGUCUACUUGAAUGUGAUCAAACUUAUCGGCACACUCGCCUCAAAACACCCUCGAACAGUUAUAAGCACUCUUGCCGAGAGAUACAGGGACAACAAUGAAGAAGCCACAUUGGAUGAGAGGCUUAGAAUUGGCGAGGCUCUUCUCCGGACCGUACAAGAGCUAGGUGAUGCUUUGGUGGGCGACACUGCCAAAGUUUUAGGAGAUACGAUGGUAUCAGUGGCUGGGAGACGAGGGACAAAACCAAAAGCUAACGAUAAGAGGAAGGCUGAGAUCGAAAGGCAACGGAUAGAAGAAGAUGAAGCCAGUGACAUCGAAGACUUAGGGGUUGAAGCCGCAGAUUUAAUGAAUCAAAUGGACGAGCAGACAGACUCAGAGUCGGAAGAUCCAGUCAAAUCAGCCUACUCGAAGAAAAUUCUCCAGGCCUGGGCGGCUGGAGCCGUUUCCGACGAAAAUCCAGAUGACCUCCGUGUUCGUACUUCAGCAAUAUCUAUCCUCGCAUCUGCCAUUCAAACGAAUCUUUCGGGUUUAGGCCAGCGGAUCGCGUCAGCAUCUGUUGAUAUGGCGCUUUCCACGCUUACUUUGGAGCCUGGGCCUGAAAAUGCUAUUAUACGUCGCGCCGCGGCUGUGCUUCUCCUUGAUCUUAUAACCUCAUUAGACCAAGCCAUCGAAUCGGGCAAUAACCCAGGUUUCACUUUCUCGCAUUCUUCCAGCCAUGGCUCGCUGAUUGAUACUGCUAAUACUGCUAUUGGCAAUAUUCCUGACAUCCUUCGCGUUUUGGUUUUCGUGGAAAGCAAAGAAACUGACACGAUUGUUCGCGGACAUAUACGGGUAUUGGUCGAAAGCUUAGAAGCAUGGACUGAAAAAUCGAUCCUACGUGGUAUUGGUGCUAAUACCCAACCCCGAUUUGAGCUGGGAGAUAGGUUAGCCGGGUUGGAUAUCGAGCCGCUUUCUGGGUCACCAAGUGACUCUUUAAAUAAGAGAGGGCAUCCUCGAAUCGAGGAAAUUGAAUAG